AUGCCCGCCGAAUUAAUGGCCACCUCAGCCUCCAGCUCCACCUCCAUCGAGGACCUCAACCCCGACGUUCUGACACGUACACUCCGUCUCCUCGACGGACCGACCGUCGUCGACGGACCGACCCUCGCCGCAGCCUGCUCAGCCAGCUCGUACCUCCGUUCUCUCUCCUCCCAAUCUGAUCUCUGGCUCCACCUCUGCCUUUCUACCUGGCCCUCUCUUCACCAUCCCCGAAUCCUCCCUUUCCUCUCAACCUCCCCACGCUCCUUCUUCUCCAAUGCUUUUCCCUUCCCAGAAGCAUUCGUCGCCGGCGAAGUGCAACUCCCCAAUCAGCUAAUCUCCGCUGUAGACAUCUACCAUCGCGGCACCCACGUAUUUUCCCGCGUCAUAGAUACCGACAGUUCCUCACCGUGGUUUCGGGGAUCCCCCUUAUUGAUCGACGCCAUGGAGCAGAAAGCAGAGGCGUUGCUUCCGGGGGCUUCUAUAUCACCUAACAAGCUGACGCUGAGUUGGAUCUUGAUUGAUCCAGCGAUGGGUCAGCCGGUUAACGUGUCGAGCCGGCGAGCGGUGGGGAUGGAGCGGAACAGUUACACAGGGGAGACGAUGGUGCGGUUCGCAUCGGCUGCGCCCGCUGGGGAAAUAGUUAUCGGACCAGUGGUCACGUGCGAAGAAGGGACUGGGCACAUGCGGGAUGUGGUGCUCACGGCUGGGGACAUUGAUGGCGCGUACGUGAGCGGGGAGAAAGCACUGAAGGUGUUGAGGGCGAUGAUGGAGGCAAGGAGGAAGGGGAGGGGGAGAUUGGAGGAAGAAGAAGACGCAAAGCAGAGGUAUUUGGAGUAUUUGAGGAGGAAGUAA